UGCGCGGGACUUGCGCGAGUGUGCCGGUGCACCUGGGCGGAGGCCGGCAGCCCCACGUGCCCGGGACCGGGACUCAGUCGCUAGUGAGCCGCCGCUGUCGCCUUACGCCGCUACUGGGCCCGCCGACAGCGACAGGUGGCGCCGACGCCCGCCGCCUGCGCGUUCCCUGCUAGCUCGCCUCGGCCCGCUAGCCGCCUCGACACAAUAAAUUUUAUACGGUCGGCUCCAACAUCCAACUUUAAUAUUGCCUCUCUUCCUUCACUAUAUCACAUUGCAGUGUUAAUCUGUUUUUUUGAGGCGAUAAUGUGUUUGUUUGUUUAAUGUGAUGUUCUCACGAAAAUGCCAUUAAAGUGUUAUGGAAUUUGAAAACUCCGUUCAAAUUAAACGUUAGAAAGAUAAAAGCUAAGUUACGGGUGUGUCGGGGAAGCAUGUCGCGGCGAUGACGUGGUGCGCCCGGCGCGGCAUGCCCUGCUGACAUGGCACGCAGCCGCUCCGCCCUGCUGACGCUAGCUACCAUCACAGCAUUUAUUGGGUGUUGUGUGUGCGCGCCGCAAGGCAGCGUGCAGGGCGGCGUGCAGGGCGGCGCGCAGGUCCCCCCCGGGGUACCACACUCCACCUCGCCGCCCGCCGGCAUCGGCGGCGUCCGAAGAUUCAGCCAAUAUUCCAGAGGGAGAGGGUAUCGUGACUGGCGAACGCGAGGAGAUCCAACUCUCAUCAAUUCACUUUGGCGCAGCCGACAGCCACUUGGCAUUCGAAAGCAAUUGGGAAACGCGGAAGUUUAUAUAAUAUUGGCCCUCCUGAUCGGGUUCGUGACCGUGGUGGUGGGGUGCUGGCUAUCGGACAACUGCUGGUCGCCGGAGCCGGAGGACGCGCUGGCUGGCGGCUGACCCGUGGCGGCGGGCGCGUGCACGCACGUGUAGCGCCCGCCGUCCGCACCCGUCGACAGGGAGAGUCCGUUGGGCGCGGGCUCACUGUCGCCGGUGUUGCCGCCGCGCGCUCCGACAUUACUGCACGCCGCCCGUCACUUCUGUCAAGAAACCUGUCCGAGCUUCGUCUGUGACGGGAGACAUAGACCUACAGUUUUCUGACCGGAGCACACGCAUCACUCUUGUCGUGUUCACGAAAAGACUAACGGAAACCACAUUUCCACAGUAACAAACGGUAGAGUGUGCGAUAAUUGAUUAAUAAAUAAAUAAAAAACUCGGAAAUAUUCAGCGUUUCGUAAACAAUUGCAACGCUUUCUGAUGUAUAUUGUGGUUGUGUAUUUAUUCGGAUGAAUUUUUAAACUCUAAUAUAACUUCGUACGUAUAUUAGUAAAAAUGGUGAUAAAGUGCAGGUAAGCAUUUGUGAAGAACUUUAAGAGCUUUGAUUUAGAUUUUUACCCUCUAGUCAAAUGUCGUUCGAAAUGUGCAUGUAAUAUUUAAUGGAAGUUAUUAUGAAAUAUGUUACAAUGGGUCCACCUGGCCGCGCCUAGAUCGCUGACCUAGGGAUUACGAACUUGUAAUUAUUAAAGGCUCGUUGUGUAACUAAAUCGUUUAGUCGUAGACUUUGCUUCUAGUAAUUGCUCUUACAUGAACUCAUUCGAUCUUACAUACCUUAAGCGUGGUGCACAUGUACUUCUUUGUACCGAUACUAUUUUUUCUAAAAGUAUGUGCCUUGAAAAUUAUAUGCUUUCCUCGAUUUGAAUUGUAGUUUAGAAAGUGUUUUGAACCAUUUAGAGAAAACUCUUAUCUCUGUCUGUUCUACGGACAAGUAAUCCCGUAAGUGCAAUACACAUCAUAACCGUGCCUUUACCGUUCUAUAGACUUUGAGAGGGACGUAAUUAACAAUAGGUUUUAACGAGUGCUCUUCACUCUUUGGGAGGCACCAGACCUGUCAAGCAUUCUUUCACAAAGUGUCCUGCUUCUUCCAUAAUUUCAUUUUAAUAUUAAGAUGCAGUAUAAUCAUCAUAAAUAAAAAAAAGAGCUAGGACCAAACGACUUUAAUAUUAACGUCAAUUGAAUUUGUAGAAAUAUUCAAAAUCACUAUCACAAUAGAAUAAGCACUAACACUGAAAGACAACGACAUUCGAAUAUUAAUAAUAACGCUAACUGUAAUGUCAAAAUAUUAUUUGCUAGAAAGAAGAAGUCGUUUCAGU